ACUCUUUAACACCGUGCUCAGCGCUGAGGCACCACAUUGUCCUGGAACCUGCUUGUGACUAAGACAAAGACUCUUGAUAAAGACACACACGCAUACACUCUCACUCGCUAGCGCGGACACACACACAAUGGAUGUCAAAGUUGUGGUGAUGAUGCUUUUCCUCAUGGUGAUUAUGAAGGACUCGGGGACUGAAGGGAAACCCAUCAGUCUGCUGGAGAGAUGCUGGUGCCGCUCGACGCUCAACACCGUGCCGCAGAGGAGCAUCCGCGAGAUCAAGUUCCUCCACACGCCCCACUGCCCCUUCCAAGUCAUAGCCAAGCUGAAGAACAAUAGGGAGGUCUGCAUCAACCCCAAGACCAAAUGGCUGCAGCAGUAUCUGAAUAAUGCCAUUAACAAGAUAAAGAAGUCAAGACAGAGCGACAACUAAAGGCGGUGUGGGGGAGUCGUGUGUGUUUUAGACCUCUGCAUGAUGUGUGCACCUCUCACACACACUUACACAUUAUACACACACACACGCACACGCAUUAACUGUCCCUGUGUGGACCGCUUGCACAAACAGCACUUCGCCUACAAAUGCCUUUAUUCCAGCACCCAAAGCCAACUGCUCACACACACACAAACACACAACCACACAAACACACGGCACCAAUUUGCCAUUGUGAGAUUUCAGGCUUGCGCAGGUGUGUAUGCUGAUCUGAACUGAGUGGCUGAAUGUGGAUAGAAUGAUUUGUUGUGUUUUUGUAUAUGCAUACACUUUGUGUCUUUUUUUCCUUUUAAAAAAAAAGAAAGCAACAGCAACACUAAGAAGUUGUUGUUUAGUGUUGUAGUGAAUUGAGAAGGAAAAGGGAAAGAUAGAGAGAAAGAAAGUUGGAAUAGGGGUCAUAGGUAAAACUAUACAUUAGGAUUAAAAACAUGAUGUUGAAAGUUUUCUUCAUGAGUUAUGAGGCUAAUGUAGCUAGCAUAUAGCUAGCAGCUUGUGCCAUUAUUUGUCUUAUCAUUUUAUCAUUUAGUAAAUAGACGUCUAGAUUAUGACACAUUAAGAAACACUUUCAUCAGACGCAGAUAGGGGGUGUGGCUUAUAGUUUGUAAGUGGAGCUAGACUGAUAGCUAAGCUAGCCUUGUAACUCUAACUAACAACACAAAAGGCAUAAGCAGUAAAAUAAACACUUUUACCCCUAUUUUCCUCAUUCAACGGAGCAAAUAAGGAAGAUGUUUAUCAAGGAGGAUUUCAUGAGGACACUUUCAGUGGCUUUACUAAGAUUUUUUAUGUCGCCUCUUUAAUUGUGAACAGGACGAUCUUCCAUGCACUGGCACAGCUAGCAUAUUUUUUGCUAACACUUUCUACAACGCCAUAUUUUCAUUUAUACAUUAUCAGGACGCUUUAGGGUUUGCUAGCAAUGUUAAUUUUUAAUAAAGCCGAAUGCUUAUAAAGCUCUGAUAAGUGAGGAUCAAAUCACUUGGAAGUGCUGUUAAAGGCGCUAACACGUUAGGAAAUGUUAAAAAGUUUUUCCUCAUAGAAAACGUCAAUAUGUCAACUAUAACUACUGUCAAUAAUAACUAUUUAGAGUUAUUUCCGCGAUGUAUGUGCAUGGAAAUGAGGACGAUUUUUGUUUGAACUAAACAUUCUAAUCAAUCAGAAUCGAACAAAUUCUGUAUGAAACGUAGGUUAGGUUAAAGGAGGUUUCACUGGUUAGUAAACAUGCUUACAUAGCAUUAAUAUUACCACACAACAGGCUUUAUAGAAAGUGUUAGCAUUUUUUUCCAUUGUUUUUUUUUUUUUUUUUUUUAAACGGGCAACACUUAUCAGGAUUUUUUUUUUCAAUAAUGCAACUUUUAAAUCAAUGCAAUCUCUCUAGGCAGCUGCUAAUUUUUAUUGUUAUUACUUUUAAAAACCUGUGUUUAUGAAAUAUUAUAAAGCACAUCUCCUUACAGCCAGAGUUUUUUUUUUCUGUUAUGUUUGCACGCCUGAUCACAAUAUAGGCUUGUGGUUUGUUGUAAAAGGUUGAAUCAGUAAAAAGAGAUUAGUUUAAAUUGCAAAUGGAAUAGGGCUGAAAUUAAAACAAACAAAAAAAUUACACAUUUUUUUUUAUUGAUCCAGCUUUUUACUUGAUUGUGUAUUGUAUUACAGAUGCAUCACAGUUAUGGACAAUAUGUCACGCAUACACCAGAUUCUUAACCUUAAGAAGUGUAAAUAGAGAGAGAAUCAGGUGAUAUUUUAACGUUUGGCUUCAUAUUUUGUCAAGAUGUUUCAACAAUUAUGAACAUAUUUAGUGCCAUUUAAUAAUUUACAAAUGUUAGCUCACUUUAAAUAUGGUUGAUUUUCUUGUGAGUAAACCUACAAGUGUUCUUAUAUGAGUUAUGAUAUAAUGUAACUCUUUAGAAAACCUGGAAAAAAAUCAAAUCAAACAUUUUUAUCAUAACAGCUGUAAUCCCUCUGGAUAACGAGCAACUCCUACACCCCGGCUUAUUAACUAUGUAAUCAUAAUAGUAUAAUAAUAACAUAUGGAUAUGAUUUCCAAGGGAAUGAAACAUGGGCUUUUUAUUAAGCCAAUACAAUAAGCACUUCACUGCUGUACAAUGUCCUUUAAUUUUGCAGUGUUCUUUUUUAUUAUUUUUUUUUUUACUUGUCUAUAAUGUAAAAAAUAGGACUGUUAAACAGUGUUUGCCUGCAGGGAGUAACCCGGAAAAUGUAACCCCUGCUUCCGUACAACCCUUUACUAAAUUAGUCAGUUUAAGAGGAUGUUAUUCAUGAGCUGUUUCCUAAAACCGUCUUAUAAAAAGAUUAGAGGACUAUCUAACUUAACGACAGAUUCAAUGUAGCUUGUAAUUUAAAAACAAAAAGCAGAAAAUGACCUUCUGUUAUUUAAAAAUUACAAACCCCUCGCAUUGAAUUACAUUUCUAUUCAUUAUAUUUAAAAUAUUUUUUAAAUUUUAAUUAAAAUAAAAUUAAGUAAGUAACAUGCAAUAAAAACACUUUCAGUUUUUUUUGUUAUUUACUUUUAGCUAAAAACAGCAUCAAAUUCAACAUGCUUUCCAGAGACUUCCACCUUUGACAAGACCAAAACAAAACAAGAUUUAAGACUGACAGAAACGCUUAAUUCAUGUUUUUAUUUCCCAAAAAUGAAGAUUUUUGUAAAAAGAAUUUAAACAUUUUAUACAUUUUAUAUGAGUACAUUUCAUAUGAAUAUCUUAAACAAGUUACAUUUAAACAAACAAAUAAACAAAAAAACCCUGAAAGUCAUUAUUUAUAAUAGAGUUUAUUUUAUCUGAUAAACUUUGGCCUCAAUCAACAAAGGUAAAAAUUCUAAACAUGCAAAACUCCAUAAUAAUCACAAAAUGGAGGCUAAACAUUGAAAAUGCAUCCUGUCUUUCAGUAUUCCAGUAAUGCAGCUCACCCUCUGCAGCGAAUCAAGGAUUUGUUUACAUUUCUUUUUACAGUCCUGAAAACUAUUAAAAAUGUGUGUCAUUUGCUUGUCUACUGAAAGUGAAAUUGACACAAACUUAGGAACUGUAGUUAAAUGCAAACUUUUUUCUGAGCUACUACGUUUUCUAGAUAAAUGAAGACCAAAUCCCCUUCCCCCCUAAAAAAAUGUCCACAUUUUUCUAUGUAAAAAAAAGAAAUUAAAUAAAUUGCAUAGAUCGAAUUAAGGGAUACCAUGAAAAAAUUAUUUUCCAAACCUCGAACUUGAUUUUACUGAAAUAUGUACACAUAUGACUUUUUUUUCCAGGAAUUUUAUUCAGUUCUAUUAAUUGAAUGUCUGUAAAGGUUCUCACUCACCUGCUAGUUUGAAUGUUUAGUUAUACUAAUAUAAAACUAACAUGAAUUGCAUUAUGAUUAGUGGUAAAAUGAUGUGAUAUAUUUAAGAAUUUCAUUUCGCCAGCUAAGACGCCGCAGCCAUUUUCACAUGCGUUUAUGGCUGUGCUGCAAAAAGAAGUGAUAAGGUGCUAUCGAAUGUGAAGUAGACUCUGUGAGGCAGCUCUCUGUAUAGGGAUCUCCAUGUAGGAUAUUUUUUUUAUUAUUAUAUUUCUAUAUGCUCACUGUUUGUAAUAAUGAAUUGAGAUAAAUCUAUUUAGUCACUUUUUUCAAUAAAGUUAUUAAAAAAAAUUAA